AUGUUCUACGGUUCUUCCUCUGGGGCGAGCAUGUCCCUGCCGUCCAAGAGUCGCCUGAAGCGCCAGAGCAGGACCUUCACUCAGGUGCUGUACCGGACUCUGAGCUACCGGGACCGCGUUGCUGCAGAAACUGGAACCAACACCCGGGGCGACCGGCGCUCCACGACCGAGCCCCCCGAGCGACCCGCCGACGACCCGGCCGAACUCUCAACGCAGAGCUCGGCCCCCGGGGUGCUGAAGAUUUUCGGAGAUGAAAUCUGUGCCGGUGCCAACUACAAGAGCGUCCUGGCCACGCCACGCUCCAGCGCACAGGAGCUGGUCAAAGAGGCGCUGGAACGCUACUCGCUCAACAAGGCGGCCGCCCACACGUACGUCCUGUGCGACGUGAUCGGACAUUUGGAAGGGGGAUGGGGCGGCGGGUGGCGGACUGAGUGCCUGCGUGCUCUGGGAGACAACGAGAAGCCGCUGCUGCUCCAGGAGCUGUGGAAACCCCGAGAAGGACACGCUCGCAGGUUCGAGCUGCGCCGGAGAGCAGAGGUGGAGGAGCUCAGCGCCAAGGAGAAGGACACCAUCACUGCUGGGCCCAAAACCCCCCAAUUCCUGGCGGCUCUAAUGGGUCGGUCCGGACUUGGCAAACACAGGAGCUCCCCCCUACGGUGUGGUCGAGUGGUACAAUCCAGCUCUAAAGACAUCAACGCCCAGGCUCGUAAGCUCCAGAGGAACCGGGCGAAGGGGACGCUGACACUCCCCCGGUCCAGCAACUCCUCCCUCUGCCGCAGCCUCAGUGAAACCAGCCUCAACCAGCUGGGAGUCGGAGAUGAACCCAAACGUUAUUACUCGACUCUGCCCGGGCCGUUAAGAGCCCGAGAGCGUGACUUGGCCUCCAGCGGCCGGAGGAAGGAGGAGGGGAGGCACUCGCUCUACCAGUCGCCACAUCUCCUCCUGCUGCAGGGAUACAAUCGCCAGGACUGUCUGGUUUACCUGCUGAACCGAGAGCAGCACACAGUCGGCCAGGAGACUCCGUCGGCUCGGCCCAACAUCUGCCUCUUCUCUCCCGACAUCCUCCCUCUCCACUGCCGCCUGCGCAGAGUCCCCGCACCCCGUCGCCAUGCCAACAACAACAAGGGGGACGAGCUGGCGGAGAACCAGCGCUCCUGUGUUGCCGUGGAGCCCGUCCUCCACGCCACCGUCCUGGUGAACUUCUCCCGCUGCGAGCGUUCCACCACGCUGCGACACGGUGACCUCCUCUCGUUCGGAUCGCAUUACAUCUUCUUGUACAAGGACCCUACGGGCGCUAAGCCUCUGCCUGCUCAGACCUUGGCACGCCUCCGCACCCUGGGACAGCUUUACGAUGCCGGCCUGGAGGAGGGAGAGGGCGGGGCCCAGACCUGUAAGAUGUGUGGUUCGGUGCUGAAGGACAGAGCAGCGAACGUGUCGAGCGCUCCGGCCGUCAGACGCAGCUUCAAACCUCACCUGGUGAAACCCCGCAGCGUGGGGACAACAGCAGGAGGACCCCUCAUGGGAGUGGGAGGAAGAGGUCAGAAAAGGAGGCUACAACUGGAGUUUGACCAGGCUCAUGAAGACCAGCUGUUGAGCAGAAUUGUGGGUCUAAUUGAACCUGGAGGAGACGACCACAAGCUGACACCAGCCUACCUGCUGUGUCUCUGCAUACAACACUCCGCCUCCACCUUCCCUCCUGGGAGCUUCGGGAAACUGCUGCUCAAGAUCGUCCGGCGAAUCCAGACCAUCGCAUGGGAGAAGACAAAGGAGCUGGCUCAGAAGCAAGCUCAGCACCAGGACCCGUCCUCCCUGUCCCUGCUCAGCAUCUCAGACCUGAUCCCAGACCUGCAGAUCAUCUUCUUCUGGAUGUCCAACUCCAUCGAGAUCCUCUAUUUUAUACAGCAAAGAGUUCCAGCGUACACACACAGCAUCGAGACACUGCAAGGGUCAAAGGAGUCCCUGCUGUCUGCGACCAUAUCAGCCAAUGAGGAGGCGAUGACCAUCCUGGAAGAAGUGAUCAUGUACACUUUCCAGCAAUGUGUCUACUAUAUCACCAAGGCUCUUUAUGUAGUGUUGCCAGGUUUGUUAGACUGUAAUCCAUUCCCGGUCGACAGCUCUGAGCCGUGCUGGAAAGGAGGUGUAGGGUUUCCUGAACCGAUACGCAGGGUCCUGCAGGUGUUGCAGAAUGCCCAGGAGCUUCUGCACGGUUACGACGUCCACCCAGAGAUCCAGGCUCAGAUGUUUGCUUACCUCUUCUUCUUCUCCAACGUGUCUCUGUUUAACCAGCUAAUGGACAAAGGUCCCUCCCGGGGUUGGUUCCAGCGCUCCAAGGUGCUGCAGAUUCAGGCGUGUUUGCGAAUGGUCAUGGAGUGGGCGAGCAGAUCCAGUCUGGGACAUCUGGCCGACAAGUUCUUCACCAAACUCACCAGCACGGUGUCCAUACUGGCCACAUCCCCACAACAGCUCAAACAGCUGAGCUGGAGAGCGUUGUCCAGUGAGCAUCCGUCUCUGAAACCAGUUCAGCUGCACAGGAUUCUCACCCAGUACCAGCUCACAGCAGAGAUCGGCCCGGUCCCAAUCUGGCAGCCGAGCAGCGAGGACGAGGCCUACAUUUACAGAACAGUGGACCUCCUGGAGAGCUUCGAGAACCACCCUCCCAUCGUGCUGCCCAGCGCCGGGUUCCGAGUGGACCUGGAUAGCGAGUGUGUGGAAGACAGCAUCUACAGGCAGCUGCUCUACAUCCGCCACUACCUGUGGGGGUUACGCACCAAGACGCAGCCGCACCCCCCCAGCGUGCACACACACUCCAACGGAACCAACACGGCCGACUGGCCCGACGUCCAGAGGGAGCUGCUGGGCCCCCCCCACAGCAGUCCCCGCUCCGGGGGUCCCGGUGACGAGGCGGAGACGGGAGAGGAGAGAGGCCGGGACAGACCCCCGGGCCAGACACACACACACAGCCUCCGGAGGAACGGGACGAUUCACCACCCCCGGCCGGCAAAUCCGGACCCGUCCUGCCUCCUGACCCCCCCCAACACCCCGCUGUACCCCGACGGAGGGGGGGGAGGGGUCCUCGGGCCGAUCAGAGACCCCAGCGCUCAGACUAACGGCUGCGGCGGCAGGUCAGCGGCAGAAUGCAAGAAGAGCAACGGGCUCAUCAGCAACGGACUGGAGGGGUGUAUUAGUGGGUGUGAGUUUCCCUUCCCUGUAUCCUCCCCUGGCGUCCCUCCCCUCCCUGAUGACUUGUGUGUGGUGUUUGUAGUGGAACUGGACAAGGGGCCGUACGGACUGGGAAUGGGACUCAUAGACGGACUGCACACUCCUCUCAACGCUCCAGGCAUCUACAUCCGGACGCUGAUCCCCGACGGGCCGGCUGCCUCCGACGGCCGCCUGCGGAUCGGUGAUCGCAUCCUGGCCGUGAACGGGACCAGUCUGAUCGGAGCAGACUACCAGAGCGCGGUGGAUCUGAUCCGUCUGGGGGGGGGUCGACUCCGCUUCCUGGUCGCCAAGUCUGACCCCGAGGUUUCGGAUAAGAUCAGUGCCUCCUCCUGCUGA